AUUAUUUUAUCCGAUAUCCUAACCAAACAACCAAUGGAACCCUUCCUCCUUUGCCUAUAAAACCCCACUUUUCCUACUGCCGUAACCUUCUUUGGUUUCGCUUUUGGUCGUUCGCGUUUCGUGUACUCUCUGUUUCUCUUCGCGUUUCUUUUUCUUCAACCAGCUAAGUAUUCUUAAUUUUCUUCUUUCUCUUUCUUUCUUCUUCGAAUCAUCGCUCUUUGUAUUUCCUUCUUUUAUGGGUAGAUCUGGUUAAGAUCUAGGGUUUUUUAGGGUUCUUCUUUGUUACUUUUCGACUGUUUUGCUCAUGUCGGAUCUGCGGAUAGGAAGUCAGGUACUUGUAAAACCAUUCUAAUGAUCUUAGAUUCUCUAUGAGCUACGCCAUUCUCAUGCGUCGAAUCCGUAUUCUGCACUCGUUCUCGGUCGUCUUCCUUUACUGGUUCUACGUUUUCUCACGAAUUAGCCCCCUCUUUGUUCAUUAACUCCUUAACCAGAUCUAACCCCUAGUUUAAUUCUCUGACUAUUGAAAAUCCCUGAUCCCUAAUUUUCAUUCAAUUUGUUAAUAUAUAUAUUAUAUUCCUGAAUAAAAAAAAAUCCCCUAAGAUGGCUUCUGUGCGAAGGCCAGCGAGCUCCUCCGAUUCCGAUCCGCGAUAUGCAAGCAUCGACGAGAGGAAAAGGAAGAGAAUGCUGUCAAACCGUGAGUCCGCAAGGCGGUCACGUAUGAAGAAGCAGAAGCAGCUCGAAGACUUGGUUAACGAAGAGAGCACAUUGCAGAAAGAGAAUAGCCAGCUCUCUGAAAGGAUCAACGUCACCACCCAACACUACAUCCAGAUGGAAUCUGCCAACAACGUGUUAAGAGCCCAAGCAAUGGAGUUGACUGAGAGAUUGCGGUACCUGAACUCGGUGCUGCACAUCGUGGAAGAAGUCAGCGGGUAUGCUGUUGAUAUCCCGGAGAUUCCGGAUCCUCAGAUGGAGCCGUGGCAGCUCACCUUUCCGAUACAGCCAAUUAUGGCAUCGGCUGAUAUGUUCGAGUGUUGAUGGAUAUACUCUUCUUCCUUGUUGGGCAAAUGUCGGUCCUUUGUUGGAGUCAAUUUGUGUUCGGAGUCGUUCGUUAAUCUUAUCUUUCUCCUGUUUUUCUUUGUUUCUGUUCCUGUUAGGUAAUAUAAAAACUAGGUUUGUGUGCAGUCUGUUGAACGGGGAUUUUGGUGUUUUCGGUUUUGGGUACUUUUGGAUUUUUAUUGUUAUGUGAAAAGUUAGUUUCCAAUGCAAUGGUUGCUUUUUAUUGUCAAUUUCUUUGUGAUUACCUGUUGAUUUGGAUGCAUGAACAGGGUCUUUAACUAAAAUGUUGUUAUGGAGUGUGAUAAAGGUGUAUUUUAGGGUUUGCUGGAACAAGCAUAGAAGGGGAACUUAUUGUUUGAGAUUUUAGUUUAUCCAAUGCUUUGGUUACUUAAGAAGAAAAAAAAGGUGAAAAAGGUUUUAUAACUUUGUUUUUGUUAGUAGUAGAUGGAAAGGUGUUCCCUUUCUUCCUAUUCGCAUUUGUAGCAUAGAGCCAUGGACUGCAUUAUGCCAACACUUUUGAUGAUAGCAAAGUGGUAAUUUUGUUUUGAUAAGCUAUGUUGAGAGUUUUGGUUUGGAGUUUUGGAUUAUUUAGAUAUUGGAAACUAUUUAGAACUUUAGUUUCCAUUUUCACUUUGAAUUUGAUUCCGUAAUGGAAAUUGUAUAAGAUUGUCUUUUUCUUUCAUGUGCGCCUUGCUUCUGCACAUGCAUGUGAUUCUUCAAUGUCGAUAAUGGGCUCCUCGACAUGUCUUGCUUAUCGAUUAAUUCAUGGAGUAUGCCUUUAGCAAGAGUCAUUUAAAGUCUAUGUGUCUUAAGCAUUUAACAUGAUGGGCAGAUCCGCUGGGGACUUUCUUUUUUGAAUAUUGUGAAUGCUGUAAACAAAAAUCUCCCGUAAGUACAAGCCUAUUUGUGGUGAUGGAGGUUCGUUUUUUUCAAUCAACCAUUAGGUCUUUGAAGCUUUUGAACUGAUUUAAGAUAUUUCAGAAAUAUAAAUAAAAGGUUGAUGGUAAAGGAAGAUUCCAGGUGGUCGGGAUCCUUCACCAAACAGGAGGAUACAAUUGUCACGGUGUAGUUUCUGUUUUUUACUUUUUUCAGGUCAUGGUCUGGUUUCAAGUUUCAACUGUGUAGGCUUUUGUUGGAUUGCGGAUGAGGAUGGACCUGUUCAAUUUCAACCUUAGUUCACCGAAAUUGAAAUUUGUGUCGAUGAAGCACACGAAUCACGUUUCAUUAAUUCAUGAUAUUUUUAUAUUGGCAAUUUCAAUAAAUGCACGCUUAGAUGCAUUAAUUAUAUACACAAGGCAACCUUAAUUAAUUAAUUCGCAUAGUUGUCCUAUAACUUUUUUCAUCGUCGUUCUGUUUCUAUGUCUGCCGACAUUUUUACUAGCCGACGCACCGCGCUAAGUUGGAUUCAUAAUUCAUAUUCAAUAUUUAAAUUUCUGCAAUGCAGACGAUUUGGCCAACGCACAAUAUACUUGAAUCUUGCCUUUGCUUGGCCGGUUAACUUUAUAGUUCUCGUCCAUUCAUUAUGUCUGAAUUAAAUAAGAAACUUAUUCGUUGCAGCUUUAUACAAAUCAAACGUACUUAUCGGGAGGUUAGCUCAAAGAUUCCCGUGUAAUAAUGCAAGUUUCUUUAAUUACCUCCAUUUGUAUGCUAUAAUAUAAAUUAUAAGGGGCAUUCAUGGAACAGACGAAACCCAAAUAUAAUUUUAUUAUACCGAUCUUUUUCAUUGAAAAAUAAUAAUAAUACGUAAAAAGAUUACGAUGGUGAUUUAUUUUUGGUGCGAAUUGUGCUAGUGAUUGUGAUGAUUAAUUUUUAAUAAUAAUAAUACGUAAAAAGAUUAUGAUGGUGAUUUAUUUUUGG